AUGCUUGGAAAUCGAUGGAGUUUGACAGAAAAUUUAACUUAUCUUCUUUUAACACUGGUCGUCGUUUCAUCAUGGACAGAUAUUAAUGGAAUAUUUGCUGAAUUACCACAAAUUAUUUUAACUCAACCAGAACGUUGGAAACUUGGAGCAUAUCUUGCACUUGUAACUAAUUUCGGUAAUAUUGCGCCCGCUACACUUGUUCUUAUUAAAUGUUUAUAUAAGAAACGUAGACUCAAUCCUAUACCGAUCAAUUAUAUUGUUAUUAUUAUUGGUAUGUUAUCAUGUUUUUUACUGAUAUUUUUUUGGCAACAUACAACAAUUAUACGAAAUCAACAGUUUAGUUCAGCACUUCUUGCACUUGCUUUUUUUCUAUCUCUACUUGAUUGUACAUCAUCGGUUACGUUUGCUGAUUAUAUUCAAGGAUUUCGUAAAGAAUUUACAAGUACUCUGUUUCUUGGCGAGAGUCUAACAUCCAUUGUGCCAAGUUUACUGGCUAUUGCACAAGGCAAUGGUCAACUUGAUUGCGUUUCGUCCACGAAUGGAACGAAAGAUAUUCAACAAGUUGUUUAUAAAACUGCUCGAUUUUCUGUUUCUACAUAUUUUUUAUGCUUAUUUUUUCUUUUAACAAUUUCAUUAAUUUCAUUUGUGUUAUUGCAGUGGACAAGUAUUGCUCGUAGUGCGCGUCAAAAUCUACUUGAGCUAUCUUUAAAAACUACUGAAGACGAUAUUGAAACUAUGAAUAGUUUCUUUGAACAAACCCCCGUCUCAUUUGAAUCAUCUCGUUUGACUGCAACUUCGUUAGUUUUUCUUUUAUUCGGAUGUGCUUAUACAAGUUCAAUUCUCUUCGGAAUGCUUCUUUCAAUCUCACCUUAUGUGUUAAUGCCAUACGGACAUCAUAUAUUUUACUUCGGCACAGUUCUAUCACCGUGGAUCUUAACACUAGUUUGGGUACUGGGAAUGGUAAAGCCUUUGAUGCCUAAAAUUUAUGUAUUUAUUUUGAUUUUGAUUGGAUCAAUCACAUUUCUAUUCAAUAUGUUUGUUGCAUUUAAAAGUCCAUGUCCACCAUAUGUCAAUACUCUAAAAGGUGAUAUUUUAAUAUUAACCAUUUGGCUAAGUACCUAUGUACUCCUCGGAUAUCCUCGCCUAAUCAUUGCAAAUUAUGUUCGAGAUUAUUGUUCAAGCGGUAUGUUUUGGUACGGUGUUAGCGUACAAUUAGGUGCUCUCUUCGGAUCGAUUCUCAAUUAUCAUUUGAUCGAAAUUUUUUCUUUAUUCAAUGAGAAAAUGCCAUGUGAACAGAUCAAUUGUUAA